AUGGCGCCACUACCUCAAGCGCUUCUUCGCGUCCCGACAAAGGGAAAUCUUAUUCCUGUCCGAAAAGCCCAGAUUGCAAAGAGGCAAGCAAUUCUUCAGCACAUAAUUGACACGGUCGAUGUGGACCAGGCGUCAUUUGAGACUGUCUACGAGCCGGUCCUCAGAUAUGAUGACAUGGUAUCGGAUCAUGUUGACAUGAUCGCGAUGCUGCGGUAUGGCUCGCAGGACGCAGAGGUGCAGGCCGAAGUCGUCGAGUGCUCCAAGCUGUGGUCCGAGCAUAACGUCUGGGUCGACAGUCAGGAACAGCUGAUUCGUCUCAAGCUGGCGGCAGGGGGAAAGACUGACGGCCUGGAUCCGGAGAGCAAGAGGCUUCUCAUGCGACGGACGGAGUGGCUCAGGCACAUGGGCUAUGGCGACAUUGAGGCGGAGACAAAGACGGCCUUUCUCAGCACGCGCAAGCAAAUCUCCAAGCUCUGCGAGGAAUUCAAUAGGAAUAUUCGACUCUAUGACGGCGGCCAUCUGCUCUUUUCGGAUGCUGAGCUAAAAGGCCUAAAAGAGGGUGUGAUAGAAGCAUAUGAAAAGGAUCAAGUUGGCAAACGACGCGUUCCGAUGAGGCAAGCCGACUAUAUACGCAUUAUGCGUGAAGCGACAAUUCUCACAACCCGCAAGACGUUCCAUGAGGCAUGGGCGGCGCGGCUGCCGGAGAAUGUGGCCAUCUUUCGAGAGGUGAUUUUACUGCGUGAUGAAAACGCGAGACGGAUGGGUUACAAGAGCGACGCUGAUUUCAAUCUGUUCAGCAGGAUGGCCAAGUCGACCGAGUGGGUAGAGGACCUCCUCACAGACCUGGGAAAUAAACUCAUUGGGCCUGGAAAAGUGUUAUUCAAAGAGAUGGAGGACCUCAAGCGACGUCUAAUGGAGGAGAAGAGUGAAGCCGUGGAUGUUGGUAGCGACACGGCCGUGCAGCCAUGGGAAAGGCUCUAUUUGGCCACUUUGCUGGAGCGUGAGAGGCGGAUUGAUCAAAAGGUCAUUAGCGCCUAUUUCCCCUUCAAGGAGACGAGCGCUGCGAUUCUUGGAAAUAUUUCCAGUUAUCUGCAGCUCAGAUUGGAGCCUGUGGCCAAGGAAGACCUGGAGGGGUGCAUUUGGUCUCAUGACGUCGACGUGUGGGCUGUGUGGGACGAAGGCGAGGAAGAAAAUGGCCAAUUCGUCGGGUAUUUCUACGCGGACUUGCUGGAUCGAGAGAACAAGUACAAGCACAACCAGACGGUUGAACUUCAAGCAAGCUACUUGAGAGAGGAUGGGACGCGGCCCCUUCCAGCAGGUAUUCUAAUGUGCUGCUUCUCACCUGAAGUCGUCGACGGGUGCAAAGUGCUGAAACACGAGAAUAUCAUUACUAUGUAUCAUGAGCUGGGGCACGCCCUCCAAGUUCUGCUCUCGCGGACUAAAUGGUCUACGUAUCACGGAUACAACGUGGCCCUUGAAUUCGGCGAGGGCAUUGGCACGGCCAUGGAGAACUACGCCUGGCUCAAGGAGGAGCUGCAAAGCAUCAGCUGCCACUACGCCUACACGGACGACGCCUACAUGCAGUCAUGGCAGAAGAACAACCCCGACAAGCCGCUGCCACCGCGAACACUGCCCGAUGGGUUAAUUGAGGAUCUUGUAAAUGACAGGAAGACGCGUAGGAUUGAAUCGUAUCUGAAGCAGCUUUCCGACGCUGGCUUCGACAUGGCCGUCCAUAAUCCCAAAUCACACGCGGAUUUAGAAAAACUAGAUGAAACAAAAAUCUAUCAUGAUUUGAAAGAAAUGUACAUGUUUAUACGACCCACGGUACCAUCAUACCCUCAGGCGGACUUUUCGCACCUCAUGUCUGGGUACAACUCGGGCUAUUACAGCUACAUCUGCUCAAACAUAUUUGGAGAGGAGAUAUACCAGAGCAAUUUCGCAGCGGAUCCAACCAGCAAAACGGCAUGGAAACGGUUCCGUCGCGAGCUGCUUCAGUAUGGAGGGAGCCGCGACCAGACGGAGCUGUUGGAGGAAUUCUUGGGCCGGCCACCAACGACGGCUGCGCUUUUAAAAAGCCUUGGAAUUGAAUAA